UUUACUCCUUGAUCGCAGCUCCACACCACUGCUUCACCGGUUCUCUGUGUUAAUUUGACUCACCGGCUGCCAUUGGAUAUAGCCAACAACUGUUCAACUAAAACCCAGGGACCUUUUUUAUUCGGGACUCACAGAAAAAAAAAUCUUUCAAUAAUAUGGGCAAAGAAAAUAUAAGUUUUUUGACAGUUUGGAUAAUUUUGGCAAAAAUCUGUUCAGCUUUUUCUUCUGACCCUGAACCCACCAGUGUGUUUGCAAACACCACAGAUGACUGGAUCACAGACUACACAGAUAUCUUGUCCAAGUUCUCCCUGCGCACCUCGGACGUCCCAGAUGACGACCUGUGCUACAUCGUGCCCGGCCGGCCGGAGACCAUCGCAGAGUGUGAAUUCAACCCAGAAACACAGACCUUCGUCGUGAUACAUGGAUGGACGGUCACAGGGAUGUUUGAGAGCUGGGUGCCCAAGCUGGUGACUGCUCUGUACGAGCGGGAGCCCACUGCCAAUGUGAUUGUGGUGGACUGGCUGACACGAGCCAGUCAGCACUACCCAUCCUCUGCGGCCGACACCAAGCUAGUGGGCCGCGACGUCGCCAAAUUCGUGAGCUGGAUACAAAGAGAGCUGCAGUUGCCCUGGGAGAGGAUUCAUCUGCUGGGUUACAGUCUGGGAGCACAUGUGGCUGGCAUCGCCGGAGACCUCACCAAGCAGAAAAUCAGCCGGAUCACAGGUCUGGACCCGGCUGGUCCCACCUUCGAGCAUGCAGACGCCGAGAGCACCCUCUCCCCAGACGAUGCCCAGUUUGUGGACGUCCUGCACACCAACACCAGAGGCUCCCCGGACCGCAGCAUCGGCAUCCAGAGGACUGUGGGCCACAUCGACAUUUACCCCAACGGAGGCACUUUCCAGCCAGGCUGCGACAUCCAGAACACUCUGAUGGGGAUCGCUCAAGCGGGAAUCAAGGGCUUUCAGGACAUGGCCCAGAUUGUCAAGUGUUCACAUGAGCGCUCCAUCCACCUUUUCAUUGACUCUCUGGUGAACACCGGGCAGCAGAGCAUGGCCUACCGCUGCAACUCCAAAGAGGCUUUCAACAAGGGUCUGUGCCUCAGCUGCCGCAAGAACCGCUGCAAUAAACUGGGCUACAACGUCAACAAGGUCCGGACACCCCGCAGCAUCAAGAUGUACCUGAAGACUCGGGAAAUGAUGCCAUACAAAGUUUUCCACUACCAAGUAAAGGUGCAUUUCUUCAGUACGGAGGAGCUGAACUACAAGGAGCAGCCGCUGAAAAUUUCACUCUAUGGAACACAUGGAGAGAAGGAGGACAUUCCCUUCGUCCUGCCGGAGCUAAAUGGGAACUCAACCGUGUCGUUUCUGCUCACCACUGAUGUGGACAUCGGAGACCUGAUGAUCGUGAAGCUGCGCUGGGAGAAAGACGCGUUCUUCAGCUGGUCGGACUGGUGGGGCCACAGCAGUUUCCACAUCCGCAAAAUGCGCAUCAAAUCUGGAGAAAAACAGUCCAAGGUGAUCUUCAGUGCAAAGGAAGGCGAGUUUGCCUACCUCAUCAGGGGAGGAGAAGAUGCGGUUUUUGUCAAGUCAAGGGAAGACAACAGGAGCCGCAAAGAGAAACUGAUGCACAAGCUGCAGAUGCAGGGCAGCUCGUUUGGGCAAAAUGAUGCUUGAAGUUGCACUUGAAUAAAUCGCAUCGUGCACAUCGUCCAUCUCUUCAUUCAUAGCCAAAGAGGGGCAGACCACUGGGAAAACUUUUGCAAGAAACUGGACGCAUACAGGAUGUUGUAUUCCACCCAGUCAUCCUGGAUGGCCUGGACACUUUAACCCCCCAGUGCAACCUACAUAACCUCAUCCACAGUGCUGCAGAUCAGUCAGCUCAUGAUAAUUAUCAUCCCCCAUUAACCACUGCUACUGGAAAAAUGUUACAAAGUGUCAUCGUCACAAUGUGCAGACGUUUUGCUAUUUCAAUCUGUCAAUAUCUUUUGCUGCAUAUCUUUGUAAUCAUUUCUUUAUGCUCUUGUAGCCUUUAUAUGUACCGUUUAUACAUAUUUUGAUGCAUUUUGAACUCUUGAAAUGAUGUGUUUAGUUUGCCUAUAUGAACUUGGUUAAUUGUUUAUAUAAAAAAAUAAUUCAGAGUAACAGGCAUAAUAUAGGCACAUCUUUUUUUGUUGUUGUUUGUUGUUUUACACAUGUAAAAUUAUAAUUUUGUCUCUAACGUUUGUCGCGUCCUAACCACUAAUUGCCAACAAUCAACAGGGACCAAAGACUUUUGUUACUAUCUACUGAAUGAAGAAUCACAGUAAUCUCUGUAAAUAGCUUUUUUCAAUCAGUAUUAUAUAUGUUUUAAUACGAGUUAUGUGUUAAUAUCAGAUCUCUUGAAACUCUCUUGCUCUUUGAUUGCAUUUGGUUAUUGUGCUUGGCACUGGUCACUUUAAAAGGCUUCCUGUCCCCGCAGCCAAUUGGAUCACAUGGUCAUUCACAGCGAAGUCCAACUAGGAUUUGUAUUCUUUGAGUUUUGACUAAAUGAAGUGAGGUCCUUUGCUAAACCGUCAAAUCAUGGCUAAAAUACUUAAGGAAUAGGUCAGCAGUCUCAUGGUCAAACAUUACAAAAGUACUGAAAUUAAACAUGCAAGCCUUGGUCAUCUGUGACGGACUGGCCUACAUAAUAGCCAUAAUACAUCCCAAGAAUAUUUCAUAUUCUAUUUAUUGAAUGUACAUGUACAUAUUUGUAUAUUAAGCUGUAAUAUAUUUUCACACGUUUUCAUUGCUGUCAUUGUUUUGAUAGAUGAAGCAUUUUGUGAUUUUAUGCACAAGGCUUUGGGCAGAACGAUCAAAUUGGUCUGCAUGCCAUCUGCUGAGCGCAUUUACUUUUAUGAAGUGAAAGGCGGUGCACUGUGUAAAGAAAAAAAGCCAUGCUGUUUUAAUAAAGUCAUAUAUCCCAACA